GAACUCCGGAGUAUUCCCGGUCUAAUGGCAGUCGGUGUCGGUCCGUGAUUUUGUUUGGUUAGCGCUAGCAUUAGGUAAAUCACCAAAAAUAAUGAUUCAGGGUUAUGGACCUGUUAUGCAAGCAUUCCUGGGAACCCUCUUUACAUGGGGGUUAACUGCUGCAGGAGCUGCUGUCGUAGUAUUCAUUCAAGGCUCACAGCGAAAACUGCUUGAUGCCAGUUUGGGAUUUGCUGCAGGGGUAAUGACAGCAGCAUCAUUUUGGUCUCUCCUUGCCCCAGCUAUAGAAAUGGCUGUAGAUUCAAAAUAUUAUGGAUUGAACGGAGAAUAUGCUUUUGCCCCAGUGAGUGUGGGAUUCCUACUGGGAGCACUUUUCGUUUAUAGUACUGAUCUUCUCAUUACGUACCUAGGAUUAAGUUCACCUAAUGUAAUGCUAGCGCUCAAUUCGUCGUCUCAUUCUCGAAAAGAUCGCAGAAAUAGUAUACAGAGAGAAGCUCACUAUGUUUUACCAGACACGACUGCCAUUGACGGGUUUCCGGAUGCAGGUGGAGUUCAUCAACGUCGAAGGGUAGGUAAUCGGAAAGGUACAACUCGAAGUAUUGAAAAAGAAGUUUCUAAACAGAGUUUCGAGGAUGCAUCUGUUAUUGAAGAAAUACAGCACGGACAAUGGAGGAGAAUUCUCCUUUUGGUGAUAGCCAUCACAGUUCACAAUAUUCCAGAAGGAUUGGCUGUGGGGGUGGAUUUUGCUGCUAUUGGAAGUUCUCCUUCUGCAACAUUCGAAAAUGCGAGGAAUCUUGCAAUUGGAAUAGGCAUCCAGAAUUUUCCUGAAGGUCUAGCGGUUGCAUUGCCAUUGCAAGCAUCUGGAUUUUCAACUUGGAAAAGUUUAUGGUAUGGACAACUUAGCGGUAUGGUUGAGCCUAUAUUCGGAGUACUUGGGGCAAUGGCGGUUGCUUAUGCUCGACCUGCCCUUCCCUAUGCUUUAGCAUUUGCAGCAGGAGCGAUGAUAUAUGUUGUGAUCGACGACAUAAUACCAGAAGCUAACACAAAUGGAAAUGGUAAACUGGCAACAUGGAGUGCAAUGCUUGGAUUUCUGGUCAUGAUGUCUCUGGAUGUCGGCUUAGGAUAAAAUUUAUGGUGGUAUGCAAGAGAAAACAAAUUGGGUCGUGACAAAUGACAAAUACCCCAUACCUGCCGAUUUGACUUUCGACUUAUCAAUUUGCAUCUUAGUACGAAGUAGGUACUUACUGCAGAUCAAAUAUUAACUUAAAUUUUUAUUUAUACGUUGAUGUUUUCAUAUUUUUAGUUUACCUUUUCAGAGAAUUGUUAGAGAUGUAAACAUCUCUUUGGGGCAAUAAUAAAUAGAUAUAAUUAAUUACCACAAUUAAAAUGUAAUAAGGACAAUAUCACAGGGCAAUGACAAAUCUCAUUUAUUUUAUCAUUUACUUGGAUAUGGCUCAAUAUGGGUUCCAAAAGGGUAUUGUGAUUUAAAACAUAUAAUGUCGGAGGGAUUUGAUAUGAAUAUUCACUAUGGAUUCCCUUCAGAAUUUAUCUUAGAUAAUCAAUUGAUGUAGCACGGAAUCAAACUUAGGAGUAUCAAUCAAUAUGGGAGUUUUAAUAUAGUACAUAUGUUUCAUAUCUUCAUAUUUUAUUACAUCAUUAAACUUUCACCUUCUUUUAUUGUGGACAUUUUUUUCUGAAAAUUUUGCUUGUUUUUCGGAUCUGCUUGUUUUUUCUCCAAACUCUGUUUUCUGUCCAUGUUGUAUACUAUUGUUCCGACUUUUCAUUUGACUUAAUGGAACUUACAUUUCAAGAAAAUAUUAUUGUAUCAUUCUCCAGAAUUGAAUUUCAUUACACAUUAUUCUAGACAGUUGUUAUAUCAUGAUGAUAUAUUUUUUACUUGACAGUCAAAACUUUGGAUUUUAUUUUCAUAUAAUAAAAUAGUUCUGAAAUUUCAGAUGAGAAUUUGUUUAAGGUUAAAAGUUUAUAUUUAAUCUUGUAAGAAAACAAGUUUGUGGAUAUGUAGAUAUAAUUAAUUCCGAUUAUGUAUUGACUCUUUUGAAUUAUUAUUAACUGUUUAUCUUUUUCAAAAUUAUUUCUGUAUGAAAGAUAUUCAUUUGUGAAAUUAGUAUAAAAUUUAAAUCUGAUUUCGAAUCAAUAAUCAUGGAAAGUUGUAGUUCAUUCGAUUCAAUUCAAAUGGAAGAUUUCAUUGAACAUUGAAGAUGUUUCUUGAAACUCAUAACAGUUAUGUUUAAAUAUCUUUGUUUCUGAAAGUGUUUGAUACCAAUUGCCAUAUGUUUUGUUGAUGUUUUAUUGUCCUUUCUUAUUGUGUUCAAUGAGUUUUUGAAGUCAAAAGCUUUAUUUAAAAAAAAAGUUUAUUACUGUUAGGUAAUUAUGAUAUUACCCAUAUCCAAAUUUAGAAACCCAGAUUCCUAAAAGCUUACUUAUAUUUGCAUUAUUAUUUAUUUUAAUUUUAUGAUGCAGUUCUGUAGUUGUUUAUAAGAAUAUAUUUAUGAUUAUUAUUAUCGAUAAGAGUAUUUUCGCAUUUAUCAACUACUGCUGUGAUAUUAAGAUUAGAAAAAUAUCAAUAAAAAAUCAUUUUAA